AUUAUCAUUUAGAGCUCUUGUUACGGUUAGAGACUACGCUUCAUGUUGCCAUGUGACCGUUCCCGCUGACAACUUGACUUCCAGUUCCCGUACAAAUUUAUUGACGUUUAAGAAAAUGUAAAUAAAGAGCAUGUAGUAUUUAAAUAUGAACUUUAACUAACUAAACAAGGGAAUUAAGUGAAAAAGAACCAUGGCUGAAAAGAAAUUUGGCGGUGCACCAUUUGGAACACAGACUGCAAGAUUUGACGUGUCUGGUGUUCAUCCAAAAAGUAAAUAUCCUGGAACCUUUACAGAAAUUGCAUAUGAUAAAUAUUCUACAGAUGAACUUAAAAGAAAGCUUGGGCCUGGAGCUUACGAUGUCAGCCAUGGUGGUUUUAGUAAAAAGUCUGUUGAAUUACGAGCAGACGGACCUGGGUGGUCUAGACAGUAUGAAGUAGAAAAAUUAGCUGCAUUACCUCACCUCCUUAAUAAAGAUCAAUGGGAAAUGAAGAGGAUGCUGGUGAGGAAACUGGGUCCAGGUUCAUAUGAUAUCAAAGAUUUUGUCGAGGCAUCAGAUGAAAAACCAAGAAGUAAAUUUGGAAUAUGUCAAACUCUCUCACAAAGAUUCAGAGAAAAAACUGUUAUUGACACACCAGGCCCAGGAACGUAUGGUGAUGGUGGUGUCCCACAUGCUGCCAAGGAAGAUAAAGAACAAAAAUCAACCAGCACAAUCGGAAUGUUAGAUGCUAAAUCUUCAUCAAAAAGAAAUCUACCAACUGUAGGUUCACAACUUGGUCCUGGUACCUAUGAAUUUAAAAGUUUUGCUGAUCAGACAACUGGAAAGGUGACCAGUUUACGAGGACCGUAUGAUCUGUUUUCUGGAGAUAGGAAUAAACCAAUUUCAGAUGGUCAUUUUGCUGCACCAAAAUUAGCCAAUCUUGGUCCUGGCCAAUAUAACCUGAGAUCUUUUGCUGAUGAUUGGGGAACGAUACACAGAAAGAGACAUGGUAAAUUUGGUAAAGUGGACAGAACUCCAAAAGUUCCAACAGAAAGGAUAUUUUGUAGUACCCUUCAGCAAUGUCCUAAAGAAGAGAAUACUCCAGGUCCAGGUCGCUAUGAGCCUGGUGAGCUAUCUAAACCACAAUCAGUUAAUGCUCCAGGAUUUUUAUCUACAUCUAAAAGAAAUGACAAACUUUCACAGAAAUUCUUUACCCAAAACUUUAACCCUGUGGGUCCAGGUCGUUAUGAUGUACAGAAGUUUGACGAAGCACAGCAUCGUAAUGGCACUGAAAGUGUGUUCAAAUCAAAAACAGGAAAAUUGUCUCUAGCUAUGGGUAAAUUCCUUCAAGAAAGAGUAAGAGCUAAAGAUGUUAGAUUAGAGGACAGAGUCUUCCUUGUACCACCUGAAAAACCAGAAAGUUACAUGAAAAGGACUAAAACUCAGAUGAACUAUAAUCCUAGAGGAGACUAUGCGUCCCAGCGAGCCGUUACAGUAAUAUAACCUGCACCAACCAACCCACUGCUUGUCAACACUCCACACUGUUUUAUGUUUAAUUUUUUAUGACAGAAUUGUAAACAAUCAAUAUUAUGUGUUUAUCAUGUAAAAAUCCAUUCCAUCACAUCAUAAUUUGAAAGUGAAUUUAAAUAAGCAAAUAAUGUACACAAAUUUUUCACACAACUUGCAUUUUUUAGCUAAUCAUCAUUGCUAGUGACUUAAAACAUUUCCACAAUAUUUGUUCAUUCAUUUGAACCCAAUAAGUCUAGUAGCUUCACAUUUAGCUGCGUGACAUUAUUCAGUAUUUAGAAAGAAUUCAAAUUUGGUAUUGCAAAUUUCUUACUUCUUAUUGUUUAUGUUUGUCAUCUUUCAAAAAAUGAGGAAAAAAUCUUUCAUCCAGAAUGAAUGUUUACAGUUUGUUUUUUUAUUAGUUGUGUACAAGAAUAUCUUAGUAGUUCUGUGUGGUGGUGUUAAGUUAUUUUCAUUAGACAAUUUUUAGUUUGUGUGAUCGUGUCAUAAAGAGUGCGAUAUCCACCCUUUCAUUGCGGUGAUUUAAAAUAAUCCAAGUUCUAUUCCUGUUUUAUUACAGUUUCUUGUUUAUUUCCCUGUUUUACCCUUUUGAAUUUACCCUAAAGACCAGUUUAUUGUUACAUUUCCUAAUUUGUUUAUUUCUUUGAUUUAAUUUAUUUGUUCUGCAUAAAUAUUUCAAAAUAAAGGUUUCUACAUUUUCAGGCAAGUUACCAGUUAAAAAGUAUGAUAGGUGUAUUUAAUAUUGUUAUUGUGGAAGAGAAAAACUUGAGAAAAAACGUAUAAAAGCACAAAACUUUUUUGGUUUGUCACAAGAAAUUCUAAAAAGACUUGCAUUUGUUCCAUACACAAGAAAGAUAAGGGUCCUAGUUAAAAACAUAAAUCUUGUGCUUUGUGACAUGCAAAUUUUUUUUUUUUAACCAGUUUUAAAGUUUGAUCUCCCAUUGUCUGUAUUCGCAGGCAACUAAAAAUAUUGAUGCUUCUGAUGGGUCUUAAUAGUUAGUGCCUCUCUUUGGAUUUAAAGUUUUUGAAUCUGAAGAAAAUAAAUCUUAGGAACAACAUAUUUGAAAAAUUAUAUCAUGCCCAAUUGUACCUUUUUGUUAUAUAUACUUAAAAAACUUGAAAAAUUAUAACAUUUUAAAAUUGCAAACAAGGAUAAGCAUUAAUCCCAUUCAGUUUACUAUCAUAAAAAAGGUAUUCUUUUUAGAUACCCAUAAAACAAUAAACAAUAAAUGGUAUUGGUGUAUUGGCGUAUUCUUUAAACAAAUACUUUUACUGCAACAUGAGUACUGUAAUAUAAUUUUAUUUGAGAAACUAAUUUUGUAUGCAUGCACUUCAUUUAUUUACAUAUACAAUGAAAUAUGGUAUUUAAUUUUAAUAUUAUUUCAUAUUGUUAUAACAUAUAAUGUUAUUUGUGUUUCUAUAAUUUUAUUUGUUGGUCCCAUAGGUGACAACUUUUCUGAGAGAAGAAGUGCUCCACACUUGUUGUUUAUAAAGGGUGAAAAUAUAAAGAGGGUUUUGAUCACAUCAGGAAUGGUAUUGAAAAAAAUGGGGAAAAAGGACUCUCACUGAAAGUUUAAAAUGAGUGAACAUGAAAACGGUAUCAUUUUUUGACAAAUGGGGGAUUUUGAUCCAAUCUGGAUUGGUAUUGAAAAGUUAACUGAAAUAUUUAUAUGCCCCCAUGGAUAUCUAGAAGUUGACACCUAUUUUGAUUCAUCAAAUUUAUUUGUUGUGUGAUUACUUAAAUGUAUUAUAAACCAUUCAGUAUUAUGUAAAACAUGUUUUUAUUUCAUUGUUUUGUUCUUUUUACCUUCAUAUAUAUGUUUAUAUUUUUAAAUGCUCAAAUUGAUUUAUUGUUUUAAAUCACUUUUCUGAUUUGGUUGUAGUUUUUUAAAUCAGUAUUAGAAUGCACUCACACACAUGGCUAUAGAAAAUAUAGUUUGAUUCUAAAUCCCCCUAACAAGAAGUAGAAGGAAGUACCUAAUUAUAACUAAAUUUAUUUAUUUUCAGAAAAACAAGACGGCUGCAUAGAAAAUUUAUUUUUCUGAAGACUUGGAGAAGCUUUUAACCAGUAGAUAGCUUGUUUAAUAUUCAUUUUCAAGUGCUUUGUUAAUAUAUUAUAAGAACUUUUAAAAAGAACUAGAAAAGGGUGCUUUUCUUGCAUUUGUGUCAAUUGUAGAAUUGAAUAUUUUUUUUCCAAUACUGCAAAAUUAAUUUGAUAAAAUUAUUUAUGUGUAAUUGAUAAAGUUUAUAAUUAUUUACAUUUUAAGAUUGAAAAAAUUGCAUUUGUUAUAACCAACAUACUUUUUUGCAAUUAAGAUAUUAUCCUGGAACACAAUUUUGAUUUAAGUCGAAUAUAAAGAAACGAACUGUACUAUAAAUAAUGAGAAAGAUUCUGUCUAGAGAAAACUAUGUUAUAUAAAUGGAUUUAUGAAAUCACUGCCACACAUAAGUUUGGAGUUGUACAAUGACAGCCACUGCCUUGACUGGUUUACCAUUUGCAAGUUAGUUUACUCCUUGUUCAAAUCCCAACUGCAAUUUAUGUUGCUUUUGCUUUUUAAUCUUUGUGGGUUAUAAUUGGAUAUAUGCAUUGUUUCAUCAUGAAAAAAUAAACAAGUUUCACUAUAACUUUAGCACCAUUUGGCAGUUGUGACUCCCCUUAAAAAAUAUGUAAAAUGGUACCUGUCACAAUUUGUAAAAAUCUGCUUUAUAGAUCAAUUAUAUAGGGAAAACUUCAGAAAACCAGGAAUUUAUCUGCUUACAUAAUGAUUAUCCUGUUUUUCAUUCCAGUUUUUGUGAAAAAAAGGAAUGUCUUCCUGUCUCAUCUAAUGUUUUGAUUUUUGUGUUUGUACUUAAAUCUCACUUCAAUGGACACUGUGAUUUACUUUUUAAUCUCCUUUUGUAUGUGGCAUUGUUACUGGUUAUAAAUUGAAUAUCAGUAUUUUGUAUGUUUUGUUUUUGUAUAAUAUAUUUUUAUCAUAUUUUUUUGAGAGAUGUAUAAAGAAUCUUAUUCGUUCCAUAGUAUUUUGUGGACAGUAUUUCAGAAGCUGUGAUAGUUUUAGUUAAUCUGCUGUUUUUAUCUUCCAUGCACAGUAUUAUUUGUUUAUUUGUUUGCAAUAUGAAUAUAUUAAGAAUAUAUUUUUAUCACUAUAUUUUAUAUUAUAUUGUUCUAUUCCGUUGCUUUUAUAUCAAAUGUAUACAGAAGUUGUUGUUUUAUAAGAAUGAUAAAACUUUCUUGUUAAACAAAUUCUAAGUAACAGUAUUACAGCUGCUUUGCUACUUUGGAUAUUUUUCUAAAGUUGUUGGUUCUUUACAUUUUCAGUACACUUCAUAGUAACAUCUUAAGUUAAGUCUUGAAAUGUUUUAGAACAUAUUUACUGAAUUGAAAGAAUGACUUAAAAUUUUCAUUUGAAUAAAUUUUGAGAUAUACAUAAAAUAAACAUCACAAGAUCAGUUUUAUUUUAAA